AAUUCCCCCUUCCACCGGGAGUUCUCUGGGAAGCUCACGAGACUUCACUCUGCUGGUUUACUCCUAUGAGAAGCUACCUGAGCCUGAGGCCUACCAGCUUGAACUUCCACUCUCUAAAUCUCAAGGCUCCUACAGUUCAUUGAAAGGGUGACUCAGACAAGAUCCCGAGGACUGGAGGAAGAAUGCUCCGAGGCCGGUCCCUGUCUGUGACCUCCCUGAGUGGGCUUCCCCAGUGGGAAGUUGAAGAGCUUCCUGUGGAAGAUUUACUGCUCUUUGAAGUCGCUUGGGAAGUGACCAAUAAAGUUGGUGGCAUCUAUACUGUGAUUCAGACAAAGGCUAGAACAACAGCAGACGAAUGGGGAGACAGUUAUUUUCUGAUUGGUCCAUAUUUUGAGCAAAAUAUGAAGACUCAGGUGGAACAGUGUGAACCUGUAAAUGAAGCUGUAAGAAGAGCAGUGGAGACAAUGAAUAAGCAUGGCUGCCAGGUACACUUCGGAAGAUGGCUGAUAGAGGGGAGUCCUUAUGUGGUGCUCUUUGACAUAGGCUAUUCGGCUUGGAAUUUGGACAGGUGGAAGGGUGACCUCUGGGAAGCAUGCAGUGUCGGCAUCCCUUAUCAUGACCGAGAAGCCAACGAUAUGCUGAUAUUUGGAUCUUUAACGGCCUGGUUCUUAAAAGAGGUGACAGACCAUGUAGAAGGCAAACAUGUCAUCGCCCAGUUCCACGAAUGGCAGGCGGGGACUGGACUGAUCCUGUCUCGAGCCCGGAAACUUCCUAUCGCUACAAUUUUUACCACUCAUGCCACACUGCUUGGGAGGUAUCUCUGCGCUGCAAACAUUGAUUUCUACAACCACCUGGAUAAGUUUGACAUAGACAAAGAGGCUGGGGAAAGGCAGAUUUACCACCGGUACUGCAUGGAGCGGGCUUCAGUCCAUUGUGCUCAUGUGUUCACCACGGUGUCUGAAAUAACAGCAAUAGAGGCAGAGCAUAUGCUGAAGAGAAAACCUGAUGUAGUUACUCCAAAUGGCUUGAAUGUUAAGAAAUUUUCAGCAGUACAUGAGUUUCAAAAUCUACAUGCAAUGUACAAAGCUAGGAUACAAGAUUUUGUUCGAGGUCACUUUUAUGGUCAUCUGGACUUUGAUCUUGAAAAAACUUUGUUCUUUUUCAUUGCCGGGAGGUAUGAGUUUUCAAACAAAGGAGCUGACAUCUUCCUGGAGUCCCUAUCCAGGCUAAAUUUCCUGCUGAGGAUGCAUAAAAGCGAUGUCACAGUGGUGGUGUUUUUCAUAAUGCCUGCCAAGACAAAUAACUUCAAUGUGGAAACCCUGAAAGGCCAGGCAGUGCGAAAGCAGCUGUGGGACAUUGCACAUUCUGUGAAGGAAAAGUUUGGAAAGAAACUCUAUGACGCCUUGUUAAGAGGAGAAAUUCCUGAUAUGAACAAUAUUUUGGAUCGAGAUGAUAUAACAAUUAUGAAAAGAGCCAUCUUUUCAACUCAGCGACAGUCUUUGCCUCCAGUGACCACUCACAACAUGAUUGAUGACUCCACUGACCCCAUCCUCAGCACCAUUAGACGGAUCGGACUUUUCAACAGCCGCACAGACAGAGUCAAGGUGAUUUUGCACCCAGAGUUCCUGUCCUCCACCAGCCCCUUGUUACCCAUGGAUUAUGAAGAGUUUGUCCGAGGUUGUCAUCUUGGAGUAUUUCCGUCAUACUAUGAACCCUGGGGUUAUACUCCAGCCGAGUGCACAGUGAUGGGUAUCCCCAGCGUGACAACCAACCUCUCCGGCUUUGGCUGUUUCAUGCAGGAGCACGUGGCUGAUCCUACUGCCUACGGUAUUUACAUUGUUGACAGGCGGUUCCGCUCUCCGGAUGAUUCUUGCAAUCAGCUGACUCAGUUUCUCUACGGAUUUUGCAAGCAGUCGCGCCGCCAAAGAGUUAUCCAGAGGAACCGAACGGAGAGGCUCUCAGACCUUCUGGACUGGAGAUACUUAGGCAGAUAUUACCAGCAUGCCAGGCACCUGACAUUAAGCAGAGCCUUUCCAGAUAAGUUCCAUGUGGAACUCACAUCACCACCAACGACAGAGGGAUUUAAAUACCCCAGGCCUUCCUCAGUACCACCUUCUCCCUCAGGGUCUCAGGCCUCCAGCCCUCAGAGCAGUGAUGUGGAAGGUGACAGUGACGACGAGAGGUACGACGAGGAAGAGGAGGCGGAAAGGGACCGCUUAAAUAUUAAGUCUCCAUUUGCUCUGGGCCACGUUCCUUACCGCAAGAAAAAGCUGCACGGUGAAUAUAAGAACUGA